UCUUACAAAGGCGGAGACAGAGAAAGACGCAUCAAUCUGUGGCUUCAUAAUGGGCAUUACGAUGUAAUUAAAAGUUUUAAAGGGUUUUAUGGCUCCGAUAACUAUUGCGAGCCAUGUGAAAAACCCUUUAUGAAUCUUGGGACACACAAACUGGCAUCUGUGGUCUUCAUCUGUCUCAGGAAAGAUUGCUUACCCGGUCAUCCCCAGCGUUGCUCCGACUGUGAUAAACUUUGCCGCUCUUCUAGUUGCUUUGAAUGGCAUAAAGCAACUUCUGGACAAAGACGGAAAUCUUUAUGCGAUAAGAUGUACCAAUGCAGAAACUGUGGCAAAGUCGUAUUACGGAGGAUCUGCCCUAUGAACAUGCACAAAUGUGGAACGUCCACAUGCCCUUCAUGCAAGCAGUUUGUGAAUGUGUCGGAACAUUGAUGCUUCCUGGAGGUUGUUUCACCCAAAAUGCCUUCUGACAAACUGAUCUUUUUUGACUUCGAAACGGAUCAGUCGUCAGGCAACCAUGAGGUAAACUUUGCUGUAGCACAGUAUGCCAAUGGGGAGGAAACAAUCUUCAGAGGGUAUACAGCAUGCCAAGAAUUUUGUGCAUGGCUGUUCACUCCCAUACACAAAGGAUACACUGCAAUAGCGCAUAACAUGAAGGGCUUUGAUGGACAAUUCGUCAUGGCUUGGCUUCUGGAAUCAAGGGAUAGCACCAUCUGUUAUACCCAACAGUUCAAAGCUUAUGUCCAUUGGCCACCCGACAUUGAGAAUAACUCUCAUAGACUCUUUCAAUUUUUUGCCAAUGAGUUUAUCCAAACUGCCGGGUUGCUUUGGACUAAGGGAACUGAAAAAAGGGUUUUUUCUCCAUCUUUUCAAUAAGAGGGAAAAUCAAACGUAUAUUGGCCCCAUUCCUGACAUCGCAUUUUAUAGCCCAGAUACAAUGUCUGGAGCAAUGCGAGAUGAGUUUCUAAAAUGGCAUAGGAUGCAGGAAGGGGUAGAACUUGAUUUUCAAAAGGAAAUGCUCUCUUAUUGCAAAUCAGAUGUGGAUAUACUCAGAAGGUGUUAUCUCGAGUUCAGGAAGCAGUUUCUCGAAAUUACAGACGUGGACUCAUUUUGUUACGUGACCAUUGCCUCGGCUUGUAUGGCAACAUACAGGUACAAGCAUAUUCAGAAGAAUUCAGUAACCAUGGUACCAGUACAUGGAUACAUCAACAGCACCAAUUACAGCCCUGAUGCUAUAAGCUGGCUGGAUUUCAUUGCAACCCAGGAAAAUAUUGAAAUUCAGCACGCGUUGAACAAACGAGGCGAAAAACGAAUAAACGGAGUGUCUGUUGAGGGAUUUUGUGAUGAAACAAAUAUCAUCUAUCAAUUUCAUCGCUGUUUUUACCAUGGCUGCACUGAAUGUUUCGAAGGAGGCACUUUGAAUUCCUUAUCUGGCGUUAGUAUGAGGACUUUGUUUGAAAGAACAAAUGAAUCAACUGCCAGAUUAAGGAAUCAAGGUUAUAGAGUCAUCGAAGAAUGGGAACAUGUCUUUAAAAGAAGAUCAAAUGACGACUUAGAAUUACAUCAAUUUCUUCUAGGUCAUAACUAAAAGAUCGGCUUGAACCAAGGGAUGCCUUCUACGGUGGUAGGACAAAUGCAGUGAAAUUGUUCUUUGAAGGGCAGUUAAAUAUGUUGACUCUACUUCACUGUAUCCGUGGGUUAAUAAGUAUUGUCUCUAUCCCGUGGGGCAUCCUGAAAUCACCGAAAAUUUCCGGAGUAUUGAUGAUUACUUCGGAAUUGUAAAAUGCCGUGUCUUGCCUCCCCGAGGACUCCAUCUACCUGUUCUCCCUGUCAGAUGUAAUGGGAAAACUUAUGUUUCCGCUCUGCCGUUGCUGUGCAGAAAGCUUAAACCAAAGCUCUUGUCAUCACAGCGACGGAAGAAGUGAACUAGCCAUUGAGAAAGGCUAUUUAAUCUCAAAAAUAUAUGAGGUGUAUCACUUCCAGGAGAAAUCCAAACGUCUCUUCCAGUCCUACAUAGAUCUCUUUCUAAAGAUUAAGCAGGAAAGCAGUGGAUAUCCUUCCGAUUGCACAACUGCUGAAGAAAGGGCUUCCUAUAUUCAGCAGUACUUCGAGAAGGAAGGUGUUCUACUGAAUCCUGCUGAAAUAAAAAAAAAAAUCCAGGGAGACGGCAAGUUGCCAAACUUGCCCUGAAUAGCUUUUGUAGAGGUGGGGAAUGAACAUCAAUAAGUGUCACCUAUCUUAUGUCGAUAGCUUACCUGCAUUUAAUAAGAUGUUAGCUGAUCCUACAGAAAAUGUAAGCCGUUUUAUUCCUCUGUAAAGGACGUCUACUUGCCAACACCAGAAGUGGCGGCUAUUGUGUGGGACAGCAAAAAAGAAUUCAUUCCCCAGGACAUUGGCACCAAUAUUUUCUUGGCGGCUUUCACUACAGCUUGGGCUCGGCUGAAGCUCUAUUCAGAGAUGGAGAAGCUGUUCUGUAUCGUGAUACAGACGGUAUUAUCUACGCUAGUAGUGGUGACAAUGACCCUCCACUCGGAAAUUUUCUGGGAGAUUUCACAGAUGAGUUGGACGGUGAUGUAAUCACUACAUUCAUCUCUGGAGGGCCCAAGAAUUAUGCAUAUGAAACUUCAAGUGGCAAGACAUGCUGCAAAGUUCGAGGUUUUACCUUGAACUUUAAAAAUAGUUUAGCAUUAAAUUUUCACUCUAUCAAGCAUAUUGUAUGCAGCUUGGACAGAAAGGACAGCAUACUGUUAGAUGAUGCCGCCAAGAUAACGGGAGACGCGAAAAGAAGGAAAGUCUUCAACGCGAAGCAAAAUAAACUAUACAGGAUGGUUUACAACAAGAGGGUUGUAAAAGAUCUUUCAACCCUACCCUAUGGAUUUUAAAGCAAGUAUAAGUUAUAUCAUAAUCAAAAGAUUGAGUAAGAGCGAGUUUCUCUUACUGUUUUUAAAAUUAAUUUAAUUGCAACUUAAUAUGAAAUUUAUGAACUGAUAUUUUUGUAUAAUAUACUUUUCCCAUUACAGACUCAAUUUUAUGACUUUAGAUGUAUUUAAAACUCUUAUAAUAUUUUUUACACAUAAUCUUAUACAUUUUUUCAUUUUUCCAGACUGACGAGUUUAAAACUAUGUAUGCAAUA